AUGGUCCUCUUCUUUAUCAUCGCUUUCCUUUGCGUCUCAGUCUUCGCGGCCCAGUAUCCCUCGUUUGGGACGGUGAAGACGAGCACUUCCAAUGGUGUUAUGCACGUCGUCCUCAACAAUACUUUCUCUGAAAUCAAUCUACUUGACGCCCACCUUGCAUUCGACCUCGCCAACCUCAUCGCGCGCCUGCAAGUCAACGGCACGGACUCGGACAUCCACGUCGUCGUGUUCUCCAGCGCGAAUCCGCACUUCUUUAUUGCCCACAGCGAUAUCAACAUAUUCGUCAAUGGAUUCCAGGGGCUGGAACCGUUAUUCGACCCUUUCACACCCGAUAUGGGCUUCCUCGACUCGCUGUUUUGGAAUAUCACCCAGCUUCCGCAGGCGACGAUUGCGAUUAUCGAGGGGCGCGCACGUGCAGCCGGCAACGAAUUCCUCAUGGCCUGCGACAUGCGCUUCGCGCUUUCUUCGCCGGAAGUGCGCCUGGCCCAGACCGAGCCCUCCGUCGGAGGCAAUCCCGGCACGGGCGGGGGGAUGUACCUCUCGAACCUCAUCAAUCGCGGGCGCACAUUUGAAUACCUGCUGUCCGCCACGGAUAUCGACGCCGACACCGCCGCGCAGAUCGGCUGGGUCAACCGUGUCUUCAAGACCAAGAACGCGCUGUACGACUACGUCGACAAGCUGGCAAAGCGCAUCGCCAUAUUUCCGCUUGCCGGCAUCGCGGGCACGAAGCAGGGCAUCAAUGCGGUCAGCCGCCCGCCGCGGGAUGUCUACAUCCAGGACGCACAGGACGUGAUUGUCAAGCUCUUGAUACAGUCGUCCCUUGGCCAGUCAUUGUUGAAGAAGGUGUUGAAGGCGACGAAUAACCAGAGCAUUGGUGCGUUCGAGCUUGAUUGGCCGAACCAGGUGGUGCAGAUCUACAAAUAG